CCACAAUGAGCGCGCCAACACAAAUAGGCCCCAUCCCGCAGCAGUACGCGGCGGCCGCGACCGUCCCGCUCGUCAAGUCGCCCGCGCUGUGGCUCCCACCACGGGUCGAGAUGCCAAACGACAUCCACCCGCUCCCAGAGGACAUCACGGCCUACUUCGUCUACCCCUUCACGCUGGAGCAGCACGUCGUGGGCCUCACCCCGCCCCCGCAUGUUGCUAUCGCGGAACAGCGCGCGCGCAACGCCGCGGUCCUGCACGCCCGCGAGGUCGAGGAGGAGCAGCGCGAGCGCGACGCACUGCAUAAGCUUGCGCCUGGGUACAACCCCAGCUCGCUGCUUAUGCCAACUGCCCGCGGUGGAGCGGCACCAGUAGGUGCAGCCCAGCCAGCAUCCUCGGGUGCUGCGGCCGCCGCCAGCACAGCCGCACCAGACCCGAUGGACGAGCUCGUUGCCCAGCUCGAGGAGCUAGAGAACCACAAGUCGUGA